AUGAGAAGCAACCAGGUUCGAUUGAAUUGUGGAAUCACAAUGCCUGUCAUUGGGUUAGGCACUUAUUCCUUCCAAAACGAUAGGAAAACAACAGAACUUGCUGUCCAUAUGGCCCUCAAGAUGGGUUACAGGCAUUUCGACACAGCGAAGAUAUAUGGUUCGGAGCCGGCUCUCGGAAACGCUUUGACAGAGGCAAUGCAUGACGGAAAAGUAGAGAGGGAAGACAUUUUUGUGACAUCUAAGUUAUGGGGUAGUGAUCACCAUGACCCUGUUGCAGGACUCAAGCAAACUCUCAAGAACAUGGGAAUGGAAUAUUUGGACAUGUACCUAGUGCACUGGCCAGUGAAGUUGAAGCCAUGGGCAUGCAAUCCCAUUCCAGAUGAAGAUGAAUUUGAGCCGUUGGAUUUGGAGACCACUUGGUCUGGAAUGCAGAAGUGCCUGGACUUGGGAUUUUGCAGGUGCAUUGGUGUCAGCAAUUUCUCCACCAAAAAGAUUGAACAGCUUCUGGAUUUUGCCUCUGUUCCCCCAGCUGUCAAUCAGGUCGAAAUGCACCCGCUGUGGAGGCAAAGAAAGCUUCGAGAUUUUUGUAGGGACCACAAUAUCCAUGUAAGUGCUUACUCACCACUUGGUGGGCCUGGGAAUUCAUGGGGAUCAACACUUGUGGUGAACAAUCCAAUCAUCCGGGCCAUUGCCAACAAGCGUAAAGCAACUCCAGCCCAGGUUGCUCUAAGGUGGGGAUUAUCAAAGGGAUCAAGCAUGAUUGUGAAAAGCUUUAGUCCAGAAAGGAUUAAGGAGAACUUUGGAGCCAUUGAUCUGAAAUUGGACGGUCAAGAUUUCAUGGAGAUAGACAAGUUGGAGGAAAGGAAGAUCAUGAGGGGAGAGUUUCUAGUCAAUGAAACCACAAGCCCAUACAAAACAAUUCAAGAUUUAUGGGAUGAUGAAAUUUAAAUUAUUUCACAUUGUUGUAGUUUGUAUGUAAUUUAACCUUUUGUCUUCAAUAAAGGGCGACCUCAAGCCAACAAAGAACUUCAUUUGCAAGGGUCGGGU